UUCUCGCGGGGGUAGGCAGGGUAUCGUGCCACGACAGGGGUACAGAAGACCGCACUAGACAUCUGCCUACCGUCCCUCGUGUGUCUUACUCCUUCCCGUUCGCUCGCACCUUCUGCUUCUCCGCCGUGCCAACGCAGAUGGCAGAGCAACAAGUAAAGAUGCUGAAAUUCAUUGCAUUGAGCUGCAUCCUCCUGGUUUCAGCUCCAAGCGUGCGAGCAAGUCCAAUGGAGGAUGCGACGCAGGAAGUCAUGGCCAAGCUAAAGCAAGAAUCUUACAAUCUCAACAUCAGACCCUCCGUGGAUGGCGGGCCAACACAAGUCAAACUACAAGCCUACAUCCGAGAUAUUAGUGUUGACGACGAGAAGAUGGAAGCCGAUAUCGUCCUCACAUUCAGAAUGGCCUGGAAUGAUCAUCGUCUCGCCUACAGUACCGCAAGAAUGAACUACGUGAACAUCCUGGAGCCCCACUUGGCCUGGCUGCCCGACGCCUUCUUCAAGAACGCCAUCACGACGCAGCUCGAGGCCAUCUACCCUGAGAGCUACCUCAGGGUCUUCCAAGACGGCCACAUCAUCUACAGCACCAGGAUGACUCUGAGGCAAAGAUGUCCGAUGAAUUUGGUCUCCUUCCCCCACGACAGCCAGUCCUGCGUCAUUCGCAUUGCAAGCUAUGGCUAUACUGCUGCCGACGUUAACUUUACGAUGAGUAGCCAAGAAGUUCAGGUUGCAAGUAACCUCUAUGUCGAGAGGUUCACACUGGAGGGCGUAGAAACUAGUUACUGUACAAGCAAGACUGCCACAGGUGAGUACAGCUGCGCCCAGAUCAACAUCAAUCUCUCAAGGAAAUUCACGUCCUACCUGCUGGAGUGGUACGUCCCUGUCUUCCUCCUCAUCACCGUCGCGUGGUUCUCGUUCCUCAUCCCCGCCGACCAGUUCCUCGCCCGCCUCCUCCUCACGCUCAUCCCCCUCAUCACCUUGUCCUCCUUCAAUAACAUCUUCAGGCAGUCGCUGGCUUCGGUGAGCUACACGCGCGCCCUGGACGUGUUCACCGGGGUUUCUACCGUCUGCAUCUUCGCUUCGCUCGUCCACGUUAUCGUGUCCUACCUUCGGGGCGGCGGAGAAUCUGAUGCAGGCAGAGAUGGCCUCAGCGGCAGCGCGAAGAGAGCUGCCCUUAUGAAAUACCUUCCCUUGAUUAUCCACGUGUGUUGCUAUGUCUUCUUCCUCUUCAUUUACUUCAUUGUUUACAGCUUCGCUUGAUAAAUGUGACGACGCUCAAACCCUUCCGCGGUGGCGUUAGUUAGGACUCAGCUGAACAAAUGUAUCGAAAAUAUAUAUCAAGUCCGUAUUUGAUUCUUUUUUGGUUUAUGUGUUUUAAUAUUUUUUUCUUUGUUGAUCGUUUGUUCUUAUCUUGUGUUUCUUUUUGUUUUUGUUGAUUUUGACCACAUAUUUGUAAGUGAAGAUUAUACACAGGUGUAUUUGCUGCGUUAUUUCCCAUGAACACAGUCAGAAUAUUUCAUUUCAGCUACGGUUGCGACAUUAACCGUAAUCAGGAAAUUGUGAAACGAUAAAUCUAUUAACUUUAGCGAUGGGAAAGGCACUGUAUGGCAUUAAGUCUAAAAUAAAAGAUGUAACUGUCGUUUGAAGUUAGAAUCACGGACUUCCCGUUACAUAUAUGGGGAAUAUGAUUAAAUUCAUUAAAGUGUCUAGGAUACCCUUGUAAAAAAAAAAAAAAUCCAUGACCAUUAA